UCAAGAAAGGAGCGAUCUUUAUUGUGCCUAAAACCUCGGCCGGGGUGGCGAACCUCGCGCUCUCGCCCUCUUCUCCCUCCUUUGGGCAUCGGAUAGAAGCAGCAGCGGAGCGCGCGGGCGAGGAUGGUGGUGGAGGACGGCGAUGCGAAGCCCUUGGAUCUGUUCCUGUCCAUCGGAUUGGACAAGCGGACGGCGGAGAACGCCCUCGUCAACCAGAAGGUCACCUCCAACCUCACGGCCGUCAUCGCGGAGGCGGGUGUUAAUGAAUGCAGCAAAACGAUAGGCAAUCUUCUUUACAUGGUCGCGACCAAGUACCCAGCGAAUGCACUUGUUCACCGGCCUACUUUAAUCCAGUACAUCGUCUCGUCGAAGAUAAAGAAUCCUGCACAACUUGAUGCAGCUUUGGCAUUUCUUGGGACUGUUGGUCCUGAAACAUUCAAGUUGAAUGAAUUUGAAGAAGCUUGUGGUAUAGGAGUUGAUGUUUCUAUUGAAGAAAUUCAAUCAACAGUUACUGCUGUUCUGGAAGAAAAUAUGGUUGCCAUAUUGGAACAACGUUAUCAUAUCAAUGUUGGUAAUCUGUGUGGGCAAGUCAGGAAACAUCACCCAUGGGCUGAUGCAAAAAUUGUUAAGGAAGUGAUUGAUGAGAAGCUUCAUGGGAUUCUUGGAGAGAGGACAGCAGAUGAUGAUAAAAAGCCUUUGAAAAAGAAGAAGGAAAAACCUGCUAAAGUUGAGAAACAAAAGAGUGAUGCAAUUGCAUCCACCCCAACUCUGGAGGAGGAAGUGAAUCCUUACUUGAUAUUCCCAGAACCAGCAGAAAACUACAAGGUUCAUACAGAGAUAUUUUUUAGUAAUGGAGACAUCUGGAGAGCUCACAAUACAAAGGAGAUCCUGGAGAGACAUCUUAAAGUUACCGGAGGGAAGGUUUUCACUCGCUUCCCUCCUGAACCUAAUGGAUAUCUACACAUUGGCCAUGCUAAGGCAAUGUUUAUUGAUUUUGGUUUAGCAAAAGAGAGGGGUGGAUCAUGUUACUUAAGAUUUGAUGAUACCAAUCCUGAGGCUGAAAAAAAAGAAUACAUUGAGCAUAUCCAAGAAAUUGUUCAGUGGAUGGGUUGGCAGCCUUUCAAGGUUACUUAUACCAGCAACUAUUUUCAAGAACUCUAUGAUUUGGCAGUCGAGCUAAUACGCAGAGGCCUAGCUUAUGUUGAUCAUCAGAGUCCUGAAGAAGUUAAGGAGUACAGAGAAAAUAAAAUGAACAGCCCGUGGAGGGAUAGACCUAUUGCAGAAUCAUUAAAGUUGUUUGAAGACAUGAGAAGAGGUUUGAUCGAUGAGGGCAAGGCAACGCUUAGACUGAAGCAAGAUAUGCAGAGCGAUAAUAAAAAUAUGUAUGAUUUGAUAGCAUAUCGUAUCAAGUUUACUCCCCAUCCUCAUGCGGGUGACAAGUGGUGUAUAUAUCCUAGUUAUGACUUUUCUCACUGCAUUGUGGAUUCUCUUGAGAAUGUGACACAUUCUCUAUGUACUCUUGAGUUUGAGAUCCGCCGUCCUUCAUACUACUGGUUACUCCUGGCCCUUAACCUUUACCAGCCAUAUGUCUGGGAGUAUUCACGAUUAAAUAUUUCUAAUGCUGUGAUGUCUAAGCGAAAGCUAAACCGUCUGGUGACAGAGAAGUGGGUAGAUGGGUGGGAUGAUCCCCGUCUAAUGACACUAGCUGGGUUACGACGUCGAGGAGUCUCUUCAACAGCAAUUAAUUCAUUCAUCCGAGGAAUUGGAAUUACGAGAAGUGAUAAUAGUAUGAUACGUGUUGAUCGUCUUGAAUAUCACAUUAGAGAAGAACUCAACAAAACUGCAUCUCGAACUUUGGUUGUUCUGGAUCCUCUUAAGGUGGUUAUCACGAAUCUUGAUUCUGGAUCAGUUAUAGAUCUUGAUGCAAAGAUGUGGCCUGAUGCUCCAUCAGAUGAUUCUUCUUCUUACUACAAGGUUCCUUUUACAAAUGUUGUUUAUAUUGAACGAUCAGAUUUUCGUCUUAAGGAUUCAAAAGACUACUACGGGCUGGCACCUGGUAAAUCUGUUCUCCUCAGAUACGCGUUCCCUAUAAAGUGCACAGAAGUUGUUUAUGGGGAUAACGACACUAUUGUUGAGAUCCAUGCUGAAUAUGAUCCUUCAAAGAAAAUAAAGCCAAAGGGAGUUCUUCACUGGGUUGCUCAACCUUCUCCUGGUGUUGAUCCUGUAAAGGUGGAGGUGAGGUUGUUCGAGAAACUAUUCCUUUCAGAGAAUCCAUCUGAGUUGGAGGACUGGCUGUCUGAUCUGAAUCCGCAUUCUAAGGAGGUGAUUCCAGAAGCAUAUGCAGUUCCCUCUCUCGCUAACGCAGUGUUAGGUGACAAGUUUCAGUUUGAGAGGCUUGGUUACUUUGCUGUGGAUACAGAUUCUACUCCUGGUAAAUUGGUCUUCAACAGAACAAUCACCCUUCGGGAUUCCUAUUCAAAGGGUGGAAACAAGUAAAAUCUCGCCCUCUUUGAACCUCCUUCAUACAAAAGUACAUGAAAUCAUGAACCUAAAGGAAGUAUCGACGAGUACCGAUUUAGUAUUAACUGUUCUUUUUUGUGGAAAAACAUAGACUGAAAUUGUAAUACUUGUCGGAUAGUAUUGUAAAUCUUUCCUUUAGCUUUGUUUAUGUUCUUUGUUGUCUAGGCAUUGUAAACCUAGGUGAGAUCGACUCACCCAAUCAUCAUAUCCCCACUUAACCA